AUGAUUACUUUCCAAACUUUUGUAUCUCCGUAUUCAGAACCAUUAAAUUGUUUUAGUCAGUUUAAAAAGGAGGUUUUUGCUAAAUUUCUCCAAAAUGAGAAACUGCUUUUAUGUAAAGUCAGUUAUGCACCAAAAGAAUUUUACAAUCAUCGUCUUUUUUCUCUCAAAGCCGAGCUUGACCAUCUUAAACCAAUGUGGCCACUGGGUGUAAUGUUCAACAAUGAGAAGCAUUUUCCAGUAUCGACUGAUGGUAUUUUCAUUCCUACUUUCACUUUAAUGCUUUUACGCUUAAUUGCUUGCAUUUGCACUGCACAAUUGACGCAAAGAAUUUUAACACAACAGAAAACAGACUUUAAUGUAGACAUUUGGUAUGUGAUUGUUCGAUUUAAAAGUUUAUCUCCAUUCUAA